CUAGUCCUUCGUUGUCCCCGACCUUGUUCGGCCGCGCACUCUUUCUCUCUGGGGUUACUGCUUGUUUGCACAAUACCCAACACUCUUUGAUAUCCCUCACUCUAACUCAAGCCAUGGAUCUAAUCAAGGUCAUCCUUGGCUUAGGCCUCGGAAAGACUGUUGUUGAGGCUGCCUGCUCUAAGAAUGUUGUCAUGGACGAUUUCUCGAAGUGGAAUUCGCGCACCAACAGCCUCAACUCCUACACCAGUGAUGACAAUACCAUGUUGUCGACCUCUGCCGCCGGAGGGCUCCUCACCUUCACCCCCAAGGCCAACUCGUACUUCUACGAGUCGUUCGACUGCCGCAAGACGACCGCCGAUGGCUACAACGCCAUCUCUUUCACCGCACAGGCCCCGGCGGCCGGCUCGAGCCUGACGAUGGAGAUCCAGCACCAGUCGACCUGCGCCAACGCGGCUGGAGGCUACAAGAGCACCUUCACGGCCGUCACCGGGCUGUCCACGUCGGCCCAGACCGUGACGGUCCCCCUGAGCUCCUUCAGCGGCGCGCGCCUCGACUUUGUGACGGCCUUCUCCUGGUCUGGCUUCUCGGUCCAGGGCAAGCAGUGGAAGAUUGGGAACAUCCAGUUCGUAUGCUCGGCCGUCAGUGGCUCCCAGUCGACGUCGGCUGGCUCGACCUCUCGGAGCACCUCGCCGGCCUCGUCGCUCCCGGGCUCAACUACACGCGUGUCUACUACUACCUCGUCUACGCCAACCACUAAUGCGCCCUCGACCCUGAUUUCGUCGACGAUCCCUGCCCAGCCAUCCGCCUCGGGGACUUGCAAGAACCUCGUGAUUGACGAUUGGGAGUCGCAGUCUCGCCUGACGUUCCUGUACUACAACGCCAUGCUGAAGGCCACGAGCGACGAGGGCAGCAUGAAGAGCAUUAUCGUUUCGGCCUCCAACACGGUCACCCUGACGCCCAAGGACACAUCCUCGUACUUCUACAGCCAGCUGGGCUGCACCAACGCCCAGAAUGUGUACGGCGGCAUCUCCUUCAGAAUCAACGCUCCCAAAAACGCCAAGUUCGCCAUUCAGCUGGCCUCCACCUCUACCUGCGGUGGCAAGGAAGACAAGUUCUCGUACAAGUCCACGGCCGAUCUCAGCUGGAUAUUCGACGGAACCACCAAGCUUUAUAGCUUCCCGUUCUCCAAGUUUCCCGACGUCGACAUGGCCAAGCUGAACUCAAUCUUCUUCACCGAGCUCUCAGGCGCCGUCACUUUUGGCCCCAUGUCGUUCUAUUGCGGAGGCACCGUCUCGGAGUUCAUCCCGUCCUCGUCGCCCCCGCCGUCCGGGCCUACCCCGACCGUGCCGGCGCCGGCGGGACCGACCUCGGCCAAGCUCGUGAUCGACGACUUUUCGAACAGGAACCAGAACUCUCUCGGGAACUGGCACGGCGCCGACGACGGCAUGGGGCUGACGUGGGGUACGCGCAAGCUGACCAUCAAGUCCACGGACCCUGACUAUUCCUUUUACACCAACAUCGCGGCGACUUGCCGCGACAUGACCAGCUUCGAGGGCGGCUACCUCCACAUCGCGUACUCGGGCAGUAACAAGUUCACCGUGGCGCUGCAGCAGCACAACCAGCAGUGCAACGAGAACAUCGCGCCCUUCCCCGAGACGUGGGACUCGAUCGAGGCGGCGCGGUACGCGUCGGCGAGCGACAUCUACGUCCCGCUCACGCACUUCCACAUCGAGCGCACGCGCGUCAUCGGCGUGGCCAUCAAGGGCUUCUACUCGGCCGAGCCCGUGGAGCUAACCAAGAUCGAGAUCGUCGACAAGGUGCCCUCGGGCUUCACCGUCCCGGCCAAGCUGCCGUCGGGCAACCUCGUCUUCGCGUGCAAGCGGCCCAACUCGUUCGCCUUCGCCAUCGACGACGGCGUGCCGGCGCUGGCGCAGCAGGUCAUGGACAUCAUCCGCGAGGAGAACAUCAAGGUCACCUUCUUCACCGUCGGCGCGCCGCUCGAGGACGCGUCGACGAACCUGAGCGCCAUCUACCGCGACAUGAUGGGCCGCGGCCACCAGCUGGCGCUGCACUCGUACACGCACCCCAAGAUGGAAGGGCUGCCCGACUACGACGCCAUCGACUGGGAGUACAACCGCGACAUCGAGGCCGUCCGCGCCCAGCUCGACGGCCUGCACACGUCCUACUUCCGCCCGCCCUUUGGCAACGAGGGUGCCCGCAUGCGCCAGCGGCUCGCGGCCACCACGGGCGACAGCUCGCCCUACAUCGUCAACUGGAGCGUCGACGUCGAGGACUGGCUCUGGGCCGAGGGCCCCACGCCCGAGAAGCAGCUCGACGCCUUCAAGCGCGACGUCAACAAGGGCGGGAACCUCGUCGUGCUGCACUACCUGUACCCCAGCACCGUGUCGUACCUCCGCCAGUUCAUCCAGACCGCCAAGGCGACGGGCAAGCAGCUGAUGCGCGUCGACCAGUGCAUGAUGGACCCCAACGCGCCGCCUUUGUAA